AUGAGCCCUCAAUCAUCUAACCCCUUCUCUGAUCCACCACAACCUCCUCCAAAAAACCGUCAACACAGAAUGCCCUCUAGGCCUGCCGACCUCGAGAAUGCCGUCGUUGAUACAGUAACGAUCAACGGUCGUCGAAUGGGCAGAAGCAACACUGCAGCUCUUCCGCCCAGUAAAGCUCCUCAGCUUGGUCCUCGCUCUCAGUCCACAGACUCUACUCCCUCAGACAAGCAGAAAUUGGCCACCCCCAAGACCAAGAAAAAGGGCUCACAGCAUGAAGAUGCUAUUGACCGUCUCGAUAUUACAGGCUUCGGUCCAGCAAUGUUUCACCACGACGGACCCUUCGACGCUUGUGCUCCUUCUCGCAAUCGUCAUCGCACCAAGGCUCCUAUGAUGGCAUGGUCUGCGGAUCCAGCACAUGUGGAUCAAUCAAACUCAGAUAGCCCAUAUCCCUCUCCUCGCAAGGAUCUGUAUCCAACCGCUUACUACGAACCUCCAAAGAACAAAGUAGACGCUAUUGCCGAGGCUUGGGGUAUUCAUGAACCGGAGCCUUUUGAAGAAUUUUUCGCCGGUGGUGGUGCUCGUGGCGAUACUCCCGCUAGUUCCAUUUAUAAUGGCAGGGAUUCUCAUAGCAAACGUAAAGAUGGGCGUGAAGCUCGUGAGGCUCGUGAAGCAUACCGCGAAUACCUCAAUGAUCAGGAGGCACGAUCCAGGCCUACUCGCCGCCGCGAUAUUCCGCCCCCUCAACCUAUCUUUGUUGCUGAUGCCAGCACGCCUUCAGCCGAUAUUCCACCGAUGGGUACUUCGCCAUCCUCACCUGGGCUACCCAAACGUAGCAAGUCCUUAAUGCACCGAAUCCGCAAGAUGAGAGACAACCCCAAUGUUCCCGUAGGUUCAGAUUAUGAAAAUACCCCUUCCUCUCCUCCUGCGGCAAACGGACUUGAACGUUCUCGCGAGCGCCCUACUCAUCGCGCGAAUAAUUCCUUCCUAGGGCGUUUCGGCUCGCCCAAGCCCGUUUCCGACAAUCCGCUGUCUGAGCCGUUCAUCUUCAUCGCUCCUUCCAAUGGUGUUGUGGAUAAGGAAUUACCCCCACCACCAACUGAUGGCUACUCGCCCAGGGAGAACGGCUCCGCUGCCUAUUUCGAGGCGGGAUCUUCUCCAGGGGGCGGGCUCGGAAGAAAGACAAGUUUGAUGAAGAAAGUUGGAAGAGUGGUCAGGGGAAGGCCCUGA